UUCUCUUUGUAAGCCAAAAGAAAAUGGGAAGAUCACCAUGUUGUGAGAAAGUGGGAUUGAAGAAAGGGCCAUGGACUCCUGAAGAAGACCAAAAACUCAUGGAUUACAUAGAAAAAAAUGGAUGUGGUAGCUGGCGUGCUUUGCCAACUAAUGCCGGACUUAAGAGGUGUGGAAAAAGUUGCAGAUUAAGAUGGAUAAAUUAUUUAAGACCUGAUAUUAAGAGAGGAAAAUUCAGUUUGCAAGAAGAACAAACAAUCAUUCAACUCCAUGCCCUUCUUGGUAACAGGUGGUCAGCUAUAGCGACUCAUUUGGCCAACAGAACGGACAAUGAAAUUAAGAAUUACUGGAACACGCACUUGAAAAAGAGAUUAACCAAGAUGGGCAUUGAUCCAAAUACUCAUAAACCAAAAUCCAACAUCUUUGGUUCCGCAAACCUAAGCCACAUGGCUCAGUGGGAAAAGGCUCGUCUAGAAGCUGAAGCUCGGCUUGUUCGCGAAUCCAAAAAACAACAGCAACAACAACAACAAAUUAUUUUGAACAAUAACAACAACAUUAAUAAUUAUAAUAAUAUACACUUUGGUCCUAAUAAUUUCACUACUACUACUACAAAUGUUUUACUACCCCUUCAAACAAAACUACCCUCACCACCUUGUCUUGAUGUGCUAAAAGCAUGGCAAGGAGGGGCAAAUUGGUCAAUUAUGCCAAAAAUUACCAAAGAUAAUUUUUUCGAUAAUUCUCCAACAUCCACCUCAAAUUUAUCGUUAAUUAUGGUACCAAAUAAUAAUAAUAUUUCAGGAGCUGGAUUAAUCGACAAUUCAUGUUUGAUUGGUGCUGGAAGUUUCAUGGAGAAUAAUACUAAUGGUAUUUCAUAUUCUAAUUAUCCAAGUUUGAAUACUCUUCAAGGGUUUACACAUUUGGAAAAUGUUCUUGGAAGUUGCGAAGAAGAAGACAACAACAACAACGACAACAAUUAUUGGAAUACUAUACUAAAAUCUUGUACUUCAUUUGUUGAUGGUUCAUCAGUAUUUUAA